UCGAAAUAUUGAUCUGCGCUAAUGUGCAACGACCCUUAAAAGUAUUGUUUAAUACAAACAAAAUGGGCAGCAACUGCAAAAUUAACACUUCCUUAACGUUCGAAGUUCUUUUGUACCUCAAUUCUUAUUACUUCGGAUUAUUCGCGAUUUGCGAAAUAGGAAUGAAUAUUGUAAAAUACAUCAACUUUAGUGACGAAUUAGGGCACUUUCCUACAGAUUUUGGUGUUUUAAUUUCGCUCUGCAUUCUAGAGAUUUUUAGGAUAAUUAUAGCAAGAAGAGGAAAUCUAACAGAAAAAAAUUUAUUAAUCAUUCUAGCGGUGUUACUUACAAUACCCUCUGUUGUUGGUGUUUUGUAUUUGAUGAUAUGGCAAAGCGAGGUGUUGCGUUUUGAGUAUAUAAUUUGUGCCAUACAGUUGGGACUAUGCUUAAUAGAGAUUGUAACCGGAAUUUUGUGUCUCUUUCCCUGUUGUAAAACACCAGAGUAUUAUUAAAAUCUUUAUCUUUAACUUG